UCGGUGACGUUUUGUAGAGGUGCCGUUUUAGCAAUGAUCUGCCUUCAGGUGGCUGAUCAAAUCAAAAUAUCGCGCAUAUUUUGUUCGUUUACUUAUUCACUGGAUGAAAUAAGACCAAUAGCAGAACGUCUGACGAAGAUUCAGCCUAUUUUACCACAAAGUUCGACCAAUCCUGUGCUGCUGCUGUUUUUAGGCUGAGGCUGAGCCUGGGGCUGACGCAGGGGACUGGUGUCUACUGGUUGGAUGGUCACAUGGACAAUAUGGAGGAGCUGUUCAAAUCGGCAACAAAAUUUGUCAGGACAAUAGCAGGGAAAAUAGAAAAUGAAGCAUUGCUAUACUUUUAUGCAAGAUUCAAGCAGGUGAAGGAGGGACCCUGCCGUGUUCCCAAACCAGGGAUGUUUGACUUCCAGGGAAAGCAGAAAUGGGAAGCAUGGAAGAAACUGGGAACCAUGAGUCGCAAGGAAGCCAUGACGGAGUAUGUGUCUUUCCUGUCAGACAUCUAUCCACAUUGGGAAGACAAGUCAGGCAGUAGACCAUCAACUGGUAGCCGACAUACCACAGGAAUGGGAAUAUGUGUUAGCACAAUGGCAAACACCGAUGAACAACUGGCUGAUCAAGAUAAGACAGUGUUUGACUGGUGUAAAGAGGGAAAUACAGAAAAGGUGUGCCAUACCUUUGCCACCUACAAUACUGGUGUCAAUAAUCUGGAUCAUGAGGGUCUCGCAUUGCUUCACUGGGCGAGUGAUAGAGGCUAUAAAGACAUGGUGGAAUUACUUCUGGUACACAAAGCUGAUGUUAAUGUCAAGGACCAGGAUGGCCAAACUCCACUGCAUUAUGCUGUGAGCUGUGAGCAUGUUGAUGUAACGUCUCUGUUGUUGUCACAUGGUGCUGACGUUAACAUAAGAGACAAUGAUGGUGUUCUUCCAGUGGACUGUGCCACGGAAAGCCUGAAGUCAAUGCUCCUUCAGCCUGAUACAACAACAUAGUGAAAGUGCCAGCGUCAACUGCUAAUUCACAGUCCAUGGGCACCAGUGGAGAGUACACGCUUGUAAGCACAACCAGAUCCAGCCACAGGAGGAAGGCCAUGCAUGAUGACAUGGUUCCUGUCCACCAGCAGGGGGAUGUUGCUGGAGGUUGCAACACAGUGGGUGAUCAACACUAAAUGUAUGUCCUGUUCAUGACACAAUUGAUGCAACUAUUGAAUAUAAUUAUUGCAAAUAUUUUGAUAUUAAGGGAAAUGAUUAAUUUUGUGGAGAAUUAACAGCUCACGUUUCAUGUCAUUUGUUCAUGUGUGCUUUUCAUAUUUUGUCUCCUCCCAAAUAACUGAAGCAAUUGGUAUUAAAUGAAACUAAAAUGAA